ACCACUCUCUCCUCUUCCACACGACCAUAAGGAAUGGAGGAUUCUAGAAAAUCUAGCAGCAGCAAAACUAAACUGUUGAAUCCAUGGAUGCUUCACUUCCAGAAACUCGCUCUGGAACUCAAGUGCCCUCUCUGUUUGAGCUUGUUCAAGAGGCCGGUGUUACUUCCGUGCAACCACUUGUUCUGCAAUUCCUGCUUGGCUGAUUGCGUAACUGUUGGGUCUGAAUGUGCUGUCUGUAAGACUAAGUAUGCUCAAACAGAUGUAAGGCACAUGCCUUUUGUGGAAAAUAUGGUAGCAAUCUAUAGAAGCUUGGAUGCCACCUUUUGUGCUAGUUUGUUUCAGCAACGUUCUUCUGAUGAUGUGAGGGUUCUGGAACCAUGCCAGGCAUUUCACAAUUCCACUUCUAGUAGCAUAAAAACUGACAAGGUUCCACGGAAUUUACCCAAUUGCAAUGAGAUUGGGGUUGGCAAGAAUCACAGAUCUAAGAUUGCAGUGCAUGAUAAAGCUGAUGAGCUUGAGAUGUCUUGUGGGAGAAGGAAGCCUAAUCUGAUCCAGCAGAUGGAACUUGGGGAAAUGGAUGUGAAUCAAGUGACACAAUCAGCACCUGACAGCCCUCCAUUUUGUGAUACCAAAGGUUCAGAUAAUGACUGCAGUGAUCAAGACAGUGAGCAACGAUUACCUCCUGAUAGUUUGGGAAAUUCCUCGUUAAAGAGAGCAAGCACUGGAAAUGGAAAUUUGAAAGAAAGAAGGGGACAGUUCAGGUCUGAAAGUUCAGCAUCUGAAACUGAGGGUCUUGUGAGAGAUGUUAAGAGACAAAAGGUUUUGGAUCCUAAAUCUGGAAAGGACCCUGAUGAACUAUUGACCACAGAUGCAUCAAAUGACUUGUGUCAAAGUGCAAGUAUCUGUUCGUUUUGCCAAUCCUCUAAAACCUCAGAGGCUACUGGGCCAGUACUGCAUUAUGCAAAUGGGAAUUUAGUUACGGGAGAUGCAACAAAGCAACCAAAUGUCAUACCUGUGCACAGAAUUUGCAUUGACUGGGCACCACAAGUGUACUUUGUUGAUGAAACAGUUAAGAAUUUGAAGGCAGAACUGGCAAGGGGAGCAAAACUUAAAUGCAGCAAAUGUGGUCUGAAGGGAGCUGCUCUUGGAUGCUAUGUCAAAUCCUGUAGAAGAACUUACCAUGUUACUUGUGCAAUGGACAUCUCAACUUGCCGAUGGGAUCAUGAGGAUUUUCUCUUACUCUGUCCUGUCCAUUCUUAUGUCAAAUUCCCAAGUGAGAAAUCCAGGCCUAGACAACAGUCAAAGCGUCCUACUUUGUCUCAUCAGCCAUCUCACCCCUCAAAUCCUCUUGAAGCUUCCCAGGAUGACAGUAGAAAAUUGGUGUUUUGUGGAUCUGCUCUAUCAAUUGAUGAAAAGGUAAUUUUAAUCAAUUAUGCAAGCAGUGUUGGUGCUGUAGUGACCAAGUUCUGGAGCUCAAAUGUCACCCAUGUGAUUGCAGCAACUGAUGCAAAUGGAGCGUGCUCCCGAACAUUGAAAGUUCUCAUGGCAAUUCUACAUGGACGAUGGGUUCUAAAAAUGGAUUGGGUAAAAGCAUGCAUGGAUGAGAUGAAUCCUGUUAACGAAGAACCAUAUGAAAUUAAUCUUGACAACCAAGGGUGUCAUGGUGGCCCAAAAGCUGGCAGACUUAGGGCAAUGGCCAAUGAGCCAAAGCUAUUCAGUGGCUUAAAGUUUUAUUUUUCUGGGGAUUAUGUGUCUGCUUAUAAGGAAGAUCUUGAAGAAUUAAUUGAAGUGGGGGGAGGUGUUGUUUUGAAAAGCAAGGAUGAGUUGGAGGCCCAAAGAGAUAAAUGUGAAGCUGAUUCUUCCAAGUUGCUGGUUGUUUACAACCUUGAUCCCCCACAAGGAUGUAAGUUGGGGGAGGAAGUUUCAAUUCUUUGGCAGAGGCUAAACGAGGCAGAGGAUUUAGCUGCUAAUACUGGUUAUCAAGUCAUUGGUCACACGUGGAUCCUUGAAUCAAUUGCUGCUUGUAAACUGCAGUCUUUUGUUAGCUAAAAUGCAUUAGGUAGCUAGUAUUUUGUCCAUCUCUUGAUAGGGUGUUUAUUCUACAAAAGAACUGACCAAUCCUGUACAUGAUUUUGAUUUGAAUUUAUUGUCUUUCCUUGGCUGUCAAGCUAUUUUGUUUAUGUAACAUUUACUGACUUAGGUCUGGCUGCUUUUUGCCUCGUCAUAAUAACUUGGUAUGGAAAAUUAUUACUAUCUUAUGUUUUUGAUUAACUGGAUCUCAUCUUUUUGAGAUGGAUCAUGAGAGUCUUCAUACAAUACGUAAAUGCCAAAAGCCAUUUGAUUAUGUUCAGC